CACGUCUUUUCGAUAUGAGGGUAGUUUUAGAACCUCUAAACCGGUCAGAUCUAAUAGACGUUGAUUUGACGACGCCCACUUUAUAGCGAGAGCCACGUCUUUUGGACCUUAGGGCGUUUCGGGACCGCUCGUUCAAACCACAUUGAUAAAACCAAUAGAACAUUACGCCGGCAGAUUUUACUAGUAGUUCGGACCAGCGCGACGUGGCGUCUCAUCAUUGGUUGAAAAUCUAUGUCACACACCUUCAUGUUCGCUUAAGUACGCCAGAAAUUCUACCUCCUCAUUCCAGAAUCUGCCGGCUCGAGGAAAGAUGGUGAAGCUCUUCUGCGCGAUCGUUGGCGUGGCGGGCAGCGCGUUCUCGGUGCGAGUGGAUGAGAGCGACACGGUGGACGACUUGAAGGACGCGAUCAAGGCGAAGAAGACGAACAAGCUGAAGGACAUCGAUGCAGGUGACCUGCAGCUCUUCCUGGCGAAGAAAGACGAGGGCCGCGGCGCGUGGCUGCCAGACGACGACCAAGCUGCGCUGGAUCUGGAGGACGGAAAGAUUCAUGAGGACAUUCAAGCGUUGAUCGAUGGAGAGAAGAUGAAGGCUACGUGGACAAUUGAGGACGUGUUGACAGCUAACAAUAUGACCAAACGGAAAGGGCGCGCUCCAAAGUCGAGACAAAUCCACGUGUUGGUGGUGGUUCCGGAGCAAGAACACGCACAAACUGGAUUGUGGCUUGUCACUGGAUCCGUUGAAAACGCGUUGAUCAUGAAAGGAAUUCGCUGCAAACUGUACUGGAUGGCGACGUUACGCAUUGGAUACUACGAUCCUACGCGCUGCAUCGGCAACAAGAAUGUCGCGUUUUGGUAUGAAGACAAGAAAUUGUGUUUUCAUGUUUUAUUCGAGACAAGUACGUGCUUCUAUAUGCUGUCGCUGCAUCGUAAUACUGCUUCAUUGAGGGCUAACUCUGUUUCUUUUAUAGAAGAUGCUGCUUUGCUGUUCGAAACUGACUUAAGGACUGGGCCACAAACGCUGGGCUCUCCGUUAACUAACCAGGUUGUUGAGACGCGUGUUGCACCAGCUAACGCUGUGUCUACUGAUCUCCAGCGCGUCUUCUACUGCGACUACGUUCCAGACGAUUCGGAAUCUCCUCAAAACACAGUUUCAUCGAUAUCGUUGACCUCAAGCGUUUCGAAUCUGGACUCAUCGACUGACGAGUUUCGUUUUCAGCGGAUUGAGGACGACAAGUUCUUCCUACCGUACGGCAAGGCAGAAAGCUGCCAUUUGGUGUCGAGAAAGCAAAGCAGAGACCACAAACGGGAAUUCGCCAAGUACGAUCGCGACUCAAACAACAGGCUUGCGCUUUCUCGCGAAAUGCAUGGUUGGUUCGACGGUAUGAGCAUUGAGGUUCCCAUCGUCAACAUGCUACCCGGAUCUGUUGAAGAGAAUCAAUCCAUUGGCAACAGACGCAAGGUACUGUGUGAGCGCGUAGUUCUGGUGUGUGUAAGUUUACUGACAUUUGCGUGUAGGUCGAGGUCUUCGUGAAGGUUCUGGAUGCUCAGUGCACAG